CGUCCUAUCUCCUUUUAUCAUUGCAUCUACUAGUAAAAUGUGUGGUUCUCAAUACAAAUAAAUCAAGAAUGGUUACUGAAAAGAACAAAUUGCUGCAGAAAAGAGAAAGCUAGAAAAGAACUUAGCCAACCAUUCCUUGGGAGGGUCACAAGGAAAAUCUUGCCUUGAACCUCAUUCUUCAGGAAAUACUCGAAUGCAGUGAUUGGCAUCCUUCCCAUCAUCAGCAUACUUUACACUACACCUGCCUGAAGAAGAGGGUGAUGUAGGGCCAAGGUGAUCGCAGCUUUCUCUUAAUCCCGGCCUGCGGCCCCCGCUUCUUCUUCCCAUAGUUCCAUUCCAUCUCGCUUCCUGCUCGUCUCGUCUCGUCUCCUUCCAGUGAACCACGGCGCGUCAGAUGGCCAUCCCGACGCGGCCUCACGAGAUGUGCCACCAGGACCGGGCCAGGAUGACGGCCUCCGUGCCGGAGGCGUCAGAGAAGCUGCGGCUGUCGGACCUCGAUUGGAUCUGCGAGCUCGGCGCUGGCGGCAUAGCCAGCGUCUGCAAGGCACACCACUGCCGCACCAGCGCGGUCUUCGCGAUCAAGAUAUCGUUCGACCAGGACCCGCUCGUCGUAGAGAAGGAGGCCGAGGUGCUCAAAAUCGCUGCUGGGGCGACGCACGUCAUCGACUUAUACGGCCUGCUGCCCUGCUCCGCGAGCCCGGCGGCAAGGCCGCGCUCGUGCUCGAGUACAUGGACGCUGGAUCUCUCGGCAGUCUCCUGCGCCGGCGCCGGCGCGGGGGGCUACGAAUCCCGGAGGCAGCCGUCGCCGAGGUGGCCUUCCAGUGCGUCCGGGGCCUACUCCAGCUCCACUACAACGGCGUGGCGCACCUGGACGUAAAGCAGGACAACAUCCUCGCCAACUCCCGCGGGGAAAUCAAGAUGAGCGACUUCAACCUUUCCAGGGUUCUACGCGGCCCCUCCGGCGAGGCCGGCUCUAGGUGCCCAUCACCGGCGGCACUAAGAUGUGCUACAGCCCCGAGCGGUUCGCGCCUAAAGCUUGUGCUGGGCCGUCGGCGCCAUGAAGGCGGAUGUCUGGGGCAUCGGCGUCACCAUCCUGGAGCUCUUCUUGGGGCGACUCUCCCUUGUGCCCGGAGUAGAGAAGCCGUCUGCUGAGGAGCUGAAGAAGGCGAUCUGCGACGGGGAGCCCCCGUC